UCAAGAAGUUGGUGCUCUAGCACGGGAACAAAUGUUGGGGAGAACGUUAGUCCGUGUUGGGGAGUCGAGAAUUGGUCUUCGUAGCCGUCGGUAGGUGAGGAGCGGGUUUUGAGGAGGAGGAUGGGGAUUCUGGUUGUCAUGGUGGGAAGAAGAACAUCGUUGGUGAGAUGUGAGAGGGAUUGAGAUGCCCCGCGAUGCAUGUGGACAGGGAUGACGCGAGCGGGCGCGUUCGGCCGAGAUGGCCGCGAGAUUUUUGGGGGUGACAAAUCGAGCUUCAAUUUUUGAGAAGCUCCACAACGAACGAGAGCUUGUUUGAAAAAUAGGAAGAUGGCGGACGAUACGAGGGAUAAUGAACAAAGUUCUGGAGGUCCGGUAGCGACAGGGACAGUGGCAGAUGCUCCGAAGAGCAAAUUGCCUCGAGGUGUUGUAUUGGGGAAAGAUGGGAAACCCUGUCGUUCCUGCACCUCCUUCGCAGAUUUCAAAUCCAUUAAAUCCUCCCUCGUCUCUCACCCUCAUACAACCACCCCCACCGUCCCACCACCCGACUGCCCGCCCGACGUCGAAGCCCUAGGCCGCUCCUCCUGGACGCUGCUCCACUCCAUCACAGCUUCAUACCCCGCCUCUCCCUCUCCCACCGACCAGUCCAACGUCAAGCAGUUCUUGGGCUUGUUUGGGAAACUAUAUCCGUGCUGGGUGUGCGCGGAGGAUUUCCAGGACUGGAUGAGGGAGAAUAGGGUCCGGGCGGAGAGUAGGGAGGAGUUUGGACGCUGGAUGUGUGAGGCGCAUAAUGGGGUUAAUAGGAAGUUGGGGAAGAGGGAGUUUGAUUGUAGUAAGUGGGAGGAGAGGUGGAGGACCGGGUGGGGGGAUGGGAGGUGUGAUUAG